AUGAUGCUCGUGGCGGUGACCCUUGGUGUGAUGUCUCUCUUCAUGGGAACAAUGGCAACUGGACAAAAGGGCAAGUGUGAGAAAGAUUGUGAUGCAAGCAUAGUAAAUGCUUUCAAUCAAUUUGGCAUUGAUUUGCACAUGGAUAUGAUCAAAGAUGACCCCAAUGCUAAUCUGUUGUUUAGUCCAUAUAGCAUUGCCACAUGCUUUAUGAUGGUUCUAUUAGGUACUGCUGGGCAUACUUCCGACUCCAUUGCAAAGAUCUUUCAUGUAGAUGGUAUGACAGGAACAGUCCAUAGCAUGAGAAAAUGCCUGGAUGAUUCAAUAAAUGGCAAGACAUCUGUUAAGCUGAACACAGUCAACCGCAUCUAUCCUGACUUGACCUUACAUUUACUUUCCUCCUUUGUGACUGACAUUCUCAAAUAUUUUGGUACAGCUGCCAGGAUUGAGAAACUUAAUUUCAAAGACACUGAAAAAAGUCGUAAAUAUAUUAAUGACUGGAUAGCGACUGUCACCAACAAUAAACUUAAGGAUGUCAUCCAGCCAGACAAUAUUGAUGCCAUGACUGUAAUUGUGCUUGUCAAUGCAAUCUAUUUCAAAGGUGCAUGGAAAUACAAAUUUGAUAAAGCCCUUACAGAAAAAGCAGAUUUUCACGUUUCAGCAGAUGAAGUUGUACAAGUUUGCAUGAUGACACGUCCUCCCACUUUCUUUAAAUACACAAGUAGCCCUUCAUCUAUCCUAGAUGCUCAACUUGUGGAACUCCCAUAUGUUGGAGACUGUGUGAGUAUGGUCAUAAUACUCCCAAACAAUGGCUCCACCACUAUUGAAGAAUUGGAAGCAAAACUAGACUCAAAAACACUGGAAAGUGAAUUAAAGUAUCUGGUGCCUGAUAGAAACAUCACUGUAUAUCUUCCAAAGUUCAAGCUAAAGGAGAGGUAUAUUUUGAACAAUAACUUGAAAAGAAUGGGUAUGGAUCAUGUGUUUUCCGGGGCAGACCUGAGCAAUAUGGGAACUAAUAGCAGGCUGUCAAUAGAUGAAGUCAUUCAUGAGGCUUUCAUAGAAGUCAAUGAGGAAGGUACUGAGGCAGCAGCAGUGACAGUUAUUGCGGGUGGAAGAUCUGGACCUCCCCCUCCCAACAUUGUGCGAUGUGACCAUCCUUUUAUUUUCUUCAUUCGUGACCUAAAGACAGAUGCCAUAUUGUUUUGGGGAAAAUAUGUGAUGCCAGAAGCUUCAGAUGAAACUUAUAAUACAACUGACUGUGGUGAAACAAAUGACUUUGACAAAACAACUGAGAAGCCAACAGUGACAACUGACAAAAAAUGUAAGGGCAAGAAGUGUGAGUCACAAGAAACAACCAUGUUGCCAAUGGAGACGACUGUGAUGCCAAAGGGCUCCAAUAAAAAUAAAACUGUAAAAGACUGUACUGAGAAAUGUGAAAAUAAAAAAGAACAGUGCAAGCAGGAUUGCCAAGGUAUGGAAGGAAAUAAAUUGAAGAACUGUGAAAGAAAAUGCAGCAAGGAUUGCAAGAGAAACUGUUGCGUAAAAAAGUGUGAUGGAAAAGAAGAAUGUAAAAAAGAAUGUGAAAAAGCAUCUGUUGCAAAUAAGAGCGUUGAAACAGAUGUUACAGACUGCACUGAAAAAUGUGGUGAUAAAAAAGAACAGUGCAAGCAGGAUUGCCAAGACAUAGAUGAAAAUAAAUUGGAGAAAUGUGAAAGGAAAUGCAGCAAGAAUUGCAAGAGCUGUUGCAUGAAAAAGUGUGAUGGACAGGAAAAAUGUGAAAAAGAAUGUGAAGAAGCAUCUGUUGAAAUUAUAGACUGCACUGAAAAAUGUGAACAUAAAAAGGACAAGUGCAAGCAGGAUUGCCAAGACAUGGAUGAAAAUAAGAUGAAAAACUGUAGAAGGAAAUGUGGCCCUAAGGAUUGCAAGAGGAACUGUUGCAUAAAAAAGUGUAACGGAAAAGAAAAAUGUAAAAAAGAAUGUGAAAAAGCAACUGUUGAUGGUCCAGAUGCCCGAUAG